GGGCGCGCCGCGGUGUGCGGGAGUGCGGGAGCGCGGCUCGGGUGGCGGAGCCGCGGCCGAGCCGGGAUGGCGGCGCCGCUCGCCCCGCGCCGGGGAGCCGGGGCUGCCCGCCGGCGCUGGUUGGUGCUGCUGCCGCCCCUGCUGCUGGCGCUGCUGCUGGCGCGGCCCGCGGGCGCCCUGGUGGAGGGGCUCUACUGCGGCACGCGGGACUGCUACGAGGUGCUGGGCGUGAGCCGCACGGCGAGCAAGGCGGAGAUCGCGCGGGCCUACCGCCAGCUGGCCCGGCGCUACCACCCCGACCGCUACCGGCCCGAGCCCGGCGACGAGGGCCCCGGACGCACGCCGCAGAGCGCCGAGGAGGCUUUCCUGCUCGUGGCCACCGCCUACGAGACUCUCAAGGAUGAAGAAACUCGAAAAGAUUAUGACUACAUGCUGGACCACCCGGAGGAGUACUACAGCCAUUACUACCACUACUACAGCCGGCGCCUGGCCCCCAAAGUGGACGUCAGGGUUGUGAUUUUGGUCAGUGUGUGCGCCAUUUCAGUGUUCCAGUUUUUCAGCUGGUGGAAUAGCUACGACAAGGCAAUCAGCUACCUGGCCACGGUGCCCAAGUACCGCAUCCAGGCCAUGGAGAUCGCCAAGCAGCAGGGACUGCUCAGAAAAGCCAAAGAGAAGGGCAGAAACAAGAAGUCCAAAGAGGAGAUUCGUGACGAGGAGGAGAGCAUCAUAAAGAACAUCAUAAAGAGUAAAAUCGACAUAAAGGGAGGCUACCAGAAGCCCCAGAUACGUGACCUUCUCCUGUUCCAAAUUCUCUUAGCUCCUUACCACCUGUGCUCAUACAUAGUCUGGUACUGCCGGUGGGUCUAUAAUUUUAACAUCAAAGGCAAAGAAUACGGGGAAGAAGAAAGACUGUACAUCAUCCGUAAAUCUAUGAAAAUGUCAAAGUCUCAGUUUGAUAGUCUAGAAGAUCAUCAGAAAGAAACUUUUCUUAAACGGGAGCUUUGGAUAAAGGAGAACUAUGAGGUCUACAAACAAGAACAAGAAGAAGAACUAAAGAAAAAGCUGGCAAAUGACCCUAGAUGGAAGAGAUACAGGAGGUGGAUGAAGAACGAAGGGCCUGGACGGCUGACGUUUGUGGAUGACUGAAGACUGCUGGAAUGCGACUGUGCCAGACCUCAAUUGUGACGUUAUUCUCAUAACUGAAUUAUUCUAGCAGUGUAUCGGCUGCUCUUUAGCAGUAACUAAAGUUCCUCAAAUAUCUGAUUAAACAGAAUAAUGUAGAAAUGUAAACCUUCCCUUAAACCUUUAUACCUAAGACAUUUAUGAUUGUUCAAUUUUUAUAAUCAAUUUGUGGAUUUUGUUAAAAGAUUUGACAUGGAGAUUUAUUAGUUGCCAUUUAAAAAUUUUAUAUGUUUAGCUAAAAAAUUUGACAUGCAAAUUUAUUAGAUACCAUUUAAAAUUUUACGUGUUAAGUGUUUAUUCUUCAAGUGUUUCCUUAUUCUUUGUUAUAGUGCUACAUUUUUCUGCUUUCAUGGCCUCUAAUGCUUUCACAAAACAUAAAAAAUUGUAACAGCAUUUAAUUACAUUAGUGAGAGUGUCUUUCUAGACACAAAUUUCUUCAGCAAAACGAUUCAACUAUCAUGUCACCUUUAUGACGGUCAUUAUAGGAUUGAAAUAUGUUCCAAAUAUCUCUGUAGGAGAGUCUUCUGCCAGACUGUCUUUCUAAUAUCUCCCCCCAGUCAUAAUAUUCUUAAUAAGAUCAGCAACUCUCCGGGAGAGUGAAUCUACCUUCAUAUCCUUGUAGGAUGAUCCUGAUUGCAGUCAUUAUAGGACUAUAACUGUAUUCGCAAACCUCUCUCCAGAAGGGACCUUGCGAAAAAGGUCUUUUGUACCACAAUACUGCUUCUUAACCUCCCUUCAAUUAAAAUAUGACAGAGCAGAGAGGUUCAUAUAUUAUGAAGUCCUUGAGUGGUGAAAAAUCCAUUGUAUGUGAGCCCAUUUACACGCAUUUAAACCAGAAGGAGGUGCGUGGCUGUGUGCUGUUCUGUCCAACAGUGAAAUAUAAAUGUUUUAUACACGUGGAAGGGAAAGUAAUGCACACCUCAUCUGACCGAAUCGAGUACAAUACCGCUGCAAAGUAUCGGAACACAUUCAUGGUAGUGAAUCAAUACUCCUGUUAGAAGAUUUAUCCCAGUCCAUCAUAUUAAUAAAAUGGCUGCAAUGUAUCACAA